AUGAGUACUUUGAAGGGUGGCUACCGGAUAGCUCUUGUCGACAAAGAAGGCCAACUUAUCGAAGAAUUAUCACCGUUAAAUGGAAUGGAAUUUGCCGGUACCGAUGAACCAAUAACUCAAGCCCAGAAUGUCCAGUUUACUCGACCAUGCUCACAAUGUACGGUGAUAUUUGAACGGCAAGCAUUGGAAUGGGGUCAAAACUAUCGGUUUCGAAGCUGUGCCGACGUGAACGUGCUGGAAACUAUGCCUGAAGAUGACAAAUGUAGUGGUCAUGGCACUAUGUCGGAAAAUCGCUGCGUUUGCGAACAUGGAUACAGAGGCGAUAUCUGCCAGUAUAUAACUAAUUGUCAUCAUGAUGAUGAUUGCCUCAACGGUGGUAAAUGUCUAGCUGAACCGAACUCAAUUGCCAGUGCCAGCUGCUACUGUAGUUAUGGAUUCUUUGGCAAAAAUUGCGAACAAACCUACGAUAGAGUGGAAGAUACUUGCUUUUCCUAUGCAAGUAUACAAGAGAAAAAGUAUGAAAUGUAUGGAAUGUUUGAUUCUUCAUGCUACAAUAAGGAGAAAAUCAAUGAAAAUGAUGUAAUCUACUAUAGGAAAGUCAAGAACGACGUGGAAAUCAUCCUCGACUUUGCUUCCACAUCUUGGGUAUCCAUAGGUUGGCGACCCGAAGGUUUGGACAAAUCCUGCCGUCUAUUCCCAGAUCUUGAGGGUAUGACAGAAGCCAAUCCUUUUCAUAGGUGUCCGAUCAAAACGAUCAUCAACCGUAGAGAUGCCACCACUGUUACCGCCACCGUCUCAACCUAUCAGAAGCCAGUCUUUGAUCGUGAUCAUCCGCCUACAAAAAUCGCCCAAGAGGGUCCACGACCUGUAAUGCCAAGGAAUAACGGACUAUGUACGUACGAUGGUGAAAUGUCGUUGGUAGCCUCAGCAGGUCGUGAGAUCGAUGGUAGAACGAUAGUGAUGUUUCGAAGAGCAGUGCAA